AUGGCAAUUACAGUACUCUCAUACAAUCUUCCAGAGUAUUUAGUUAACAUGGUGAGAAUGAAACAACCGAAUACAUUAGAACAAGCAUACAACAUUGUCAUGGAAGAGAUUUCAUUUGUCAAGAAAUAUUCAAUUAAUAAAUCCAAAAACUUGCAUACUAUUCCAGAGUUUGCAUAUUUCUAUAUGAACAGAUUUCAACCUUUUUCUAAUGUACAAUCAAAUUUUAACAGUCAAGCUUUUGGCCGAGCACAGUCGACUGGCUUAAGUCAGGGCUCAUUAUUUGGCUGUUCUUCCUCGCAAGCUCCAUCGGGAAUUAACCAGAAGGGUCCAAGUAUAUUUGGUCUUCCUCAAAAUGCAUCCCCUUUCGCUGGGUUUGGUCAAAGUAAUAAUAGUGGCAUAAAGACAAAUAUUCCAUCUCAAUCUGUCGCACCUACUAGCCAGGCAUUGCAUAUGAAUGAAGAAGAGUGA